UAGUGAGUUCUCAAAGUUGUUCAAGUGUGUGGAGAAUGAGAAAUGGCGCCACGUGCAGCCGCUUACAGUCCAAGUGACAUGUCAUAUACGAUCAUUGAUCCAGGAAUGCAACAAAUGUCUCCACCACACACCAAACUUCAUUCUAGAGCAACAAGAGGUUGUGAUGGGAGAGUGUGCAAAACUUGCACAACAAGUUGAAACGUACAUGUCAGCGACCUCAAAAUCCAGUCUGAAGACAGUGAAGAUACCCCUUGUCAAUCAGCUCACAUUCCUAGGCCAGUCUUUCAGCCGCUUUGUAGAUAUGGCUCUCGGAUACCUCGUACAGAAACUUGUAGAAACCCUGGAUGAAUCUCAUACGCCCUUAGCUCUGACCAGCUGUAUCAGCACUGUGAUCAGUCUGGGCCUGGAGGGGGAACACAUGUGUUAUGUUCUAUCAAGAGAAGGUUGCAUUCGAGCCUUGUUCGAGAUCAGUCGGACAGACACGCUGGAGUUUGCGCAUGUCCAGUCUUUAAGAGCGUUGGCCACGAUCUGUUGCGUCCCAGAGUCGAUACUUGAACUCGAGAAAGAGGGCGGAGUGGACAUCUUGACAGACAUCUUGUGCGACAAGACCGUGUCAGAAGCUGUGAGGGGAGAGGCAGCGGGCGUUGUGGCCCAAAUUACCUCCCCCUGUCUUGAUAACUUUCAGCACAUCACGGGAUUUAUUGACAAUGUGCAGGAUUUGUUACGUGCUUUAAUAAACCUUUGCCACACAACCACUUCUCACGAGACAUUCCUGCUGGGAGCUGCGGCCAUUGCCAACAUCACGUUCAUGGACAGUCAGACAUGCGACGUUCUACAGGGGCUGGAUGCUCUCAAGCUGCUCAUUCAUGCGUCCGGUCAGCCGAAAGCCAAGUCCCUGUUUGUAAAAGAUCAGAUCGCCACCAUUCUUGCCAAUAUGGCCACCACAGACCUCUCACGCCGCGACAUCAUCUCUUACAACGGGAUCCCCCUGCUCAUCCACUACCUCGAGCAGCGCCCUGCGGACUGCCGACAAGACGCCGAGGUGUCAGCGUGCGAGCGUCUGCAGCAGAAGGCGGCCAUAGCCCUGACGAGGCUCUCUAAGGACGGGGUUACUGCUGCCAUGAUUGUUGAGUUACAAGGUGUACCACGACUGGUUCAGCUGUGCAGGAGCAGCGAAGAGAGGAACGGAAGUGAGGCAGUCUUGGUGGCCAGCCUUGCAGCUCUUCGUAAGAUCUGUGCUCUGUGCCCGUGUCCAGACAUCACGACGGUGGACUACCAUCAGCUGAUUAAACCUCGACUGAUGGACUCAUUCCUGAUGUGCUCAAAAACAGAUGAAAACUUUGUUUAACUCUAGAAAUAGCCUAUUCUCCAUAUUUUUUGGUAAACCGCCCUAAUCUGUAGGUCUUCUGUACAAUGCCAACCCAUUUUAUCUUCAAGUGGUAGUUUCAAUAAUUACAUUUGAUACAGUCUGUGAUUUUUUAAAGAUUUUUGAUUCAAUAAUGUGGUUUAUACCUAAUGUUCUGUAUGGUUUUCCAAAAUCUUGCACAUUUUCUACAGAUGAGUGGUAUUUUUCAAAAUCUUGCACAUUCGCAGAUUAAUAAGUUUUUCCAAAAUCUUGAACAUUUUCUGCAGAUUAGUAGGGUUUUCAAAAAUCUUGAAUAUUUUCUACAGUUUAAUGGGGUUUUCCAAAAUCUUACAUUUUUUUGGUAAGUCUAUAUAAACAUACACAUGUAUGUUGACUUGUUGAGUUUAUCAUGUGCUCACAAAACACAAUAUUUGUCUGCCUAUAUAAUUAUAUUAACACCACAUAUUUAUACAUGUUGCUGUUAUAAUGUCCACAAUUAUGUGAUUUAUAUUACAGUUACUUUAUUUUUAUGUGCUCAUCUGUACAUUUUAGCGGCAGUCAAAAAAGCAAACAUGUAUGUCAAACAUGUUAUGGUUAAUUUUUUGAUGCUGUUAUUCAGACACCCUCCAUUUAUAAACAGGAUAUUUACAAUUUGUAUACGUUAUAAAAUUAUUUACACUAUGUUUAAUAUUGUAGGUUGUUUAAGAAUGAUUGACAAUCAUCUGUUUUCUUUUGUCUUUAUGUAAAUAGUGUUAACAGUAUUUGCUGGGAAAUUUGUGCACACUAGAAUUUUUUUUAGUAAAUGAACACUCACUUUGAAUUGAUGUCUAGACAAGGAUAUAUUGUACAAUCAUUUUCUGAUUAAGAAAUCCAUUAUUUCAUGUGUCAACGAAACAACCAUUUUUUCAACAACCACAAAAUUUCAUGCAGACGAAUACAAAUAUUUAAGUUUCAUUUUGACCACGAUUGCCCCCCUUUGUUCCUUCAGGACUUAAAAAGGGCAUUUUCCUACCGAUUCUAGGGGCCGGCACAUACUUUACGGGCCACUUUAGGGACCAAGGAUUCAAGCUAAAUUACAUUCCUUUUGUCAAUAUACACUAUGUAUGUAAUGAAAGGUGUACAUUUUUAAUUUAUCAAAAGAUUGUACAAGGGAAAAAACUAAGUAUUAUUAUAAACAUUUCUAUCUAUUACAAUGAAGGGGUGUAAGGGAUAUAAUUUGACUAUUAUAAGCUCAUUAAUUCUGAACACUUAUUUCUAACAUCUGAACAUAUAAAUUGACAGCCAUGCAGAUAGGCUUCAAAACAUGGCGUGUAACUACAACUGUCUUCCAGUUGCUUAAUUUGACUUUUAGUAUCUUAAUUUGGAAAGUCAUGGUUUGAUUAGCAUAGGCAUUUCAUUUCUAUAAUAUUUUUGUACACACACCUUUUAUUUCCUAUUUUUGUCUUUUAAUUGAUUUUAGUCGUGCUCUGUGAAAAAGGGGUUUAAUGCAUGUGCGCAAAGUGUCGUUCCAGAUUUGUGUAUGCAUAAUGUAUUUUGAGUUUCAAUUUUCCUAUCUGGGCCACUGUUUUAGUUUGUGUGAUAUUUAGCGUUUUACGUGAAAAUGUAUAAAUAUUGUAUAAGUAAAUUUAUGUGGAAAAAUUUACUGUUUUGUGAACUUAUCCAUAUUGACAAAGACCCACACAUAUUAAGUAGAAGCCUAUUUAAAAUGAAAUGAGAGUACAACUGUAUAUGCAGCAAGGAAGGAACAAAUAAUAUUAUGGGAAGCAUGUGAUGAUAUUUAAUACUGCUAUACAGAAAGGGGCCAGUUUGCUUGGCGUAUUAAAAGCUCAGCUGUUCACUGUAUAGUCAGAGCUCCACUACUGACCCAAAUGCUGGCGUUGGCGUCUACAAAAUACUCUUGUCAAGGCUGUAGUGCACACUCUCUGUUUCACUGUUUCUACUUCAGGUAUACAAGUAAAACAUCACACAUGUGCUUGGGGUUAUUGUGUGAGGUCGCUGACCAAGUUCAAUAACUUGGAUAUGCAUUGUUGAAUUAUGAUAUUUGAAAAAGAACGUUACAUAUGUGUUGAGGAUCAUUAUGAACAAUUACUCACAAAGAUUGGUAAUUGUUUCCAGAAUUUUAGCAGGAUUAUAAUGCCCAGUUUGUACUUAUAAAAGUCUGGUUAAGGUUUGUGGGCUGGUAGAAAUUCAUUUUUAAGUUUACAAUGGACAGGUGCAUAUCUCUGUUAUUACUACAGAUAUUGAAUUGAAACUUCACUCAUAUCUUUUGGUCACUGACGAAGGCCCAUAACUUUGACCUGCAAUUUUGCAGAAUUAUGCCCCUUUAAUACUUUGCAGAUGUUUUUUUGAUAUUUUUAAAACGUCACUGAGCAAAAUCUGAAAUUUCACAUAUGUCUUCAGGAUCAUUUUGAAAAGUCACUGACCAAGGUCCAAAUCUCUGAGCUUUAAUUUAGCAGAUUUAUGACUCUCAUUGUAUUGUUUUUACUAUAAGGAUACAGAUAUUGCGCUGAAAUUUGAUGUGUAGGUAGGUUACAUGCUGAUGUAGUGAGGGAUUGCAUUUGGGGACCAACGGAGUUAAGGUUUCUUUUACUCAAAUACCAACAAAAGUGUUUCCCCUUGAAAUCUGUUUUGCUUGUUGGUAGUUUACAUGCAGACCUCAAGGUCAUUGUUACUUAAAGUUGUAAAAUGGUUUCAGCUAAAUAACUUUGUAUACCCCCACAAACGAAGUUUAGGGGGGUAUAUAGGAGUGAGCUUGUCUGUCUGUCUGUCGGUUGGUCCAUAUUCAGUGUUCGCUCUCUAAUUUUUAAGUUGUUAUCCCCCGCCAUAGGCGGAGGGAUAUUGUUUUGGGGUUGUCUUUCCAUCCGUCUUUCUUUCCGUGUUUCCGUCCGUCCGUCCAGAGCCAUAUCUUGGAAGUGCUUUGGCGGAUUUCAUUGAAACUUGGUAUGAGUAUAUAUAUGGAUAAGAGGAUGAUGCACGCCAAAUGUCAUUAUACACCAUCUGUUAAUAAUCGAGUUAUGGCCCUUUGUAUCUUGAAACAAGAGAUGUGUUCGUCAGAAACACAAUGCCCCCUAUUGCGCCGCUUUAAAAAAAAAUAAAUAAAAAUUGACCUUUGACCUUGAAGGAUGACCUUGACCUUGAACUUCCACUACUCAAAAUGUGCAGCUUCAUGAGAACGCUGCUUUGAAAUUAUUUUAUGUUUUUUACCUUGAAGGAUGACCUUGACCUUGAAGGACCACCUUGACCUUGAACUUCCACCACUUACUAUGUGCAGCUUCAUGAUAACGGGGCUUUAAAAAAUGUGGUUUUUUGUUGACCUUUGAUCUUGAAGGAUGACCUUGACCUUGAAGGAUGACCUUAACCUUGAACUUACACCACUCAAAAUGUGCAGCUUCAUGAGAACGCCGCUUUGAAAAAAAAAAAUGACCUUUGACCUUGAAGGAUGACCUUGACCCUGAACUUCCACCACUCAAAAUGUGCAGCUUCAUGAGAUUCACAUGCAUGCCAAAUAUUAAGUUGCUAUCUUCAAUAUUGAUAAAGUUAUGGCCAAUGUUAAAGUUUUCGGACAGACAGAUGCCAUAUAUUUGACAUUUGACCUUGAAGGAUGACCCUGACCUUCACCUUUUACCACUCAAAAUGUUCAGCUCCAUGAGAUACAAAUGCAUGCCAAAUUUCAAGUUGCUAUCUUCAAUAGUGAAAAAGUUAUGGCCAAUGUUAAAGUUUUUUUUGGACGGACGGACAGACUGACUGACAUACUGAUGGACAGUUCAACUGCUAUAUGCCAUCCUACCGGGGGCAUAUAAAUGCUUUUUUGAAUGUCAAAUAUAACACUUUUGUGUCCAGAAGCAUAUUUGCGGGGAUAUCAAUUCAACGAAUUUGCUUGUUUUCAUCCGAUCUUCACCAAAUUUGGUCAGAUGUUGUAUCUAGAUGAUGUCUAGGUCAAGUUCGAAUAUGGGUCAUGCCGGGUCAAAAACUAUGUCAUGGGGUCACUUAGUGCAUUUUAAACAUUCAGCAUGGUGUCCGCUUUCUAAUUCAAAUAGUUUUCAUCCAAGCUUCACCAAACUUGGUCAGAAGUUGUAUCUAGAUGAUCUUAAGGCCAAGUUCAAACAUGGGCCAUGCCGGAUCAAAAACUAGGUAACAGGGUCACUUAGUGCGUUUUUAACAUUGAGCCUGGUGUCCGCUGUUUUUUGUGAAAGACAACAUGCAAAUUAUUCUGUGUCAGUGCGGCAUGUGGGGGUAUUCGUCACCUUUGUGACAAAGCUCUACUGGAGUUUGAAAGAGAGAAUGUGCUGUAAUCAUUUAUCUGGGUAGCUUUUACCCUGACCUCGAUUCAAACUUAAUUGAAUUCAAAUAUUUUUUUGGACAGUGUUGAAAAUCGAGUCACUUGACAAAGUCACAUUGCGUGUUAUAGUUUUUUACUUUCAGCUUUAAAUUUACAUGUACUAUAUAACGUAUAUUCCACUGUAAAGAUGUCUGGGUGGUCAUUAAAUCAGGAUACUGACAGAUAUUGUACAUUAUACUAUCAGAGCUGAAGAAUAGUCGUGUGCAUUGUUUUGGAACAGCUCUUGUUGAUGAGUAAAAAUCUUAUGAAUCAACAUUGUGAUAUGAUAUUUUAUACAGUAUAUUAAAAUAUGUUUGUAUUAAACUAUUCUUCUACAUUAUCAUAUAUUGAUAGUAAUUUUUAUGUGAUAUAGUUCAUAAGAGAGAUCCAGAUAUGUUUAAUCAGAUUCCUUAUCUAAUAUGUUUUUGUUGUUUUUUCAUACAUGCAUGGAAUGUCAAAUAUAAUUUGCUGUUUUGUCGCCUUAAUCACAAUUGAACUUAUUGAUAUAAGCCUACUAAUUAUCGCAAUGUUAAAAUGUAUUCACAUGCAUUAUAUAAGUCCCUUGUAGUCAGUUUGCUCUUUGAUUAUUUAGACAAAUUUAUUGUGUUUAACACUGACAUCAGUUUUAGAUGGUUUGCUUUAGAAACACAUUUUAUUUCUAUAGUCAGAUUUUUAUUAUGCCCCACUUCGAAGAAGAGGGGGUAUAUUGUUUUGCUCAUGUCGGUCCGUCCAUAUGUAUGUCCGUAUGUCGCUAUGUCCAUCCACCAGAUGGUUUCCGGAUGAUAACUCAAGAACGCUUAGGCCUAGGAUCAUGAAACUUCAUAGGUACAUUGAUCAUGACUCGCAGAUGACCCCUAUUGAUUUUCAGGUCACUAGGUCAAAGGUCACGGUGACCUGAAAUAGUUAAAUGGUUUCCGGAUUAUAACUCAAGAACACUUAGGCCUAGGAUCAUGAAACUUCAUAGGUACAUUGAUCAUGACUGGCAGAUGACCUCUAUUGAUUUUCAGGUCACUAGGUCAAAGGUCAAGGUCACGGUGACCCAAAAUAGUAAAAUGGUUUCCGGAUGAUAACUCAAGAACGCUAAUGCCUAGGAUCAUGAAACUUCAUAGGUACAUUGAUCAUGACUCGCAGAUGACCCCUAUUGAUUUUCAGGUCACUAGGUCAAAGGUUAAGGUCAUGGUGACCCGAAAUAGUAUAAUAGUUUCCAGAUGAUAACUCAAGAACACUUAUGCCUAGGAUCAUGAAACUUCAUAGGUACAUUGAUCAUGACUUGCAGAUGACCCCUAUUGAUUUUCAGGUCACUAGGUCAAAGGUCAAGGUCACAGUGACGUGAAAUAGUAAAAUGGUUUCCGGAUGAUAACUCAAAAACGUUUAUGCUUAAGGAUCAUGAAACUUCAUAGGUACAUUGAUCAUGACUCGCAGAUGACCCCUGUUGAUUUUCAGGUCACUAGGUCAAAGGUCAAGGUCAUUUGAAAAAAAAGUUAUGAGCUAUUGUCAUCACCUUGGCGUCUGCGUCUGGUUAAGAUAUUAUACACUAACUAACUAUUAUGAGGGGACUGGGCUGGCAAAGUUAGAUAACUCUGGUGUGCAUUUUGACAGAAUAAUGUGCCCUUUUUAUACUUAGAAAAUUGAAAAUUUGCUUUAGAAAAAAGGAUACUUUUUGUGAUUGGGAAUAUAGCCGAAUUUCGGCUAUAAAAUCGGGCCAAAACAAAACCCUGCCUAGGAUCAUGAAACUUCAUAGGUACAUUGAUCAUGACUGGCAGAUGACCCCUAUUGAUUUUCAGGUUACUAGGUCAAAGGUCAAGGUCACGGUGACACAAAAUAGUAAAAUGGUUUCCGGAUGAUAACUCAAAAACGCUUAUGCUUAAGAAUCAUGAAACUUCAUAGGUACAUUGAUCAUGACUCGCAGAUGACCCCUAUUGAUUUUCAGGUCACUAGGUCAAGGUCAUUUGAAAAAAAAGUUAUGAGCUAUUGUCACCUUGGCGUCUGCGUCUGGUUAAGUUAUUAUACACUAACUUACUAUCAUGAGGGGACUGGGCUGGCAAAGUUAGAUACUUUUUGUGAUUGGGAAUAUAGCCGAAAUUUGGCUAUAAAAUCGGGCCAAAACAAAACCCUGCCUAGGAUCAUGAAACUUCAUAGGUACAUUGAUCAUGACUGGCCGAUGACCCCUAUUGAUUUUCAGGUCACUAGGUCAAAGUUCAAGGUCACAGUGACACUAAACAGUAAAAUGGUUUCCGGGUGAUAACUCAAGAAUUCUUAGGCCUAGGAUCAUGAAACUUCAUAGGUACAUUUAUCAUGACUUGCAGAUGACCCCUAAUGAUUCUCAGGUCACUAGGUCAAAGGUCAAGGUCACAGUGACAAAAAACGUAUUCACACAAUGGCUGCCACUACAACUGACAGCCCAUAUAUAUGGGGGGCAUGCAUGUUUUACAAACAGCCAUUGUUUGUAACUAUAUAUAUUCAGAAAGUUUGUGGUCGUUCCAUAUAACAGUAUAUUGCAUAAAUAUAUUUUUUUAUUUAAGUCAAAACAAGUUAGUAUUGCUUUAAUCAUUAUUAUUUUCUGCUUUUGUUAAAAAAUAGGUAUUUACUAAGAAAAUUUUAAACAUCUUAAAGUUACAAUAUCAAAACAUUCUAUGACAUGAAAUUCUGUAAGUGACAGUUCUGUCAUGAAGUAACAUCUUUAUUAAGAUGUGAAAAAUUUCUGCUUUAAAUGUAUAGUAUACAAUGGAUGCAAACGGAUACAAUAAUUCUUUCAACAGCUCUAUUAGUCCCCAGUUAAUGUGUUUUUAUGUAAACUGUGUAAGGCACUGUACAGAAAAAGUGCAAUCUAUCAAAAUUGUUAAGACAAAGUUUGAAUGUGGGUCCAAUUCCCUUUUUGCCUAUGUAGUAUAGGUCAUUGAUGUUAACUGAUAUGCGAAUAGCCACCUUUUUGGGGUUUUAAAUGAUCCUCUAUUAGUCUGGGGACACAUGUUACAUUACAUAUAAGAGUUGUCUUGAAUAGCGAAUAGAUCGGUAGAUUCACAGGGUAUUUUCUACAUGUAUUUUUAAAAUGUUGCAUAGGUUUUAAAAAUCCGAUGGAUGAAACAUCUCAAUGUAUUUAAGAUGUGUGUACCAGUUACUGAUAUUGUGUAUUUUUAAAGUGUGUUUUUUUCUUGAUGUUUUAAUUAGUAUUGGGUUGCUGUAAUAUGUGUAAAAUACUGUAUAAAUCGUUAUACUUUUUUGUAAAGAAGUAUCUUAACAAUAAAUUGCACAUGUUUAUAAGUAAUGAUAAUUUGUAUGUACUUAUAACACUAUAUAGCGGUAGUAAAAUAGAUAAUAACAACAUCAGUGAUAGAUGUUGGCAAACAUGUGCACUAAGGUUUCAUGACUGAUCCAGACAACGAUGCUAUACAUUUACAUUCCACAUCUAUAUGGGUAAAUAGUUCCCUUUUAUAUAUGUCUUUUACAUUAAAUUCAGAUGGUCAUUAGGUUUGUGUAGUGUUUAGUCCAAUAUACAUGUAGCAGUGACAAAGGUCGAGUGUUUGUGCUUUCGUUCGUACGGGCUUGUCCUGACUGUAACUUCGUCAUUGAGUAUAUAAUUUUGCAAUAACUUGAAGAAGGCGUCAGAUGUAACACCCGUAAAAUUAGCUCAAAGGUCAGGGUCACUCUUAGAGGACAAAGGUCAAUUUGAUUAUACAUCAUCUUUUUCGGACUAUAACUGACUCGUUCAUCAUGCAUCAAACAGUAUGUCUUUUUACCUAAAAGGUAAUAAAAUUGAAAGGUAAACAUCUAAAUGCGGCCAUACAACUGUUUUUUUUUAUUAUACAGUUUGAACGGUUUAUUAUACUAUUUGAACAUGAUUAACCAAAUUUUUCUCCCCGUGUGGAAAAUGUGUGUAAACCCUUCAGCAAAGGUCAAGGUCACACUAAAGUCCUCAGUUCAAGCGUGUGCAUUAUUAAGCUUAUUCAGUAAUUUCAAGCAUUAUUGACUUUAGGUUUCAAAUGUUUCUUUGUGGUAAUACUGAUGAAAGGAAUUCUGAAAAAGUGUUGUUGUUUUUUUAAAGAAAUAUUAGCAAAAACUGUCGACCAAUAUACUUAGCAUGGUAUUAGCUAUUGUGAAAACACACAGCAAAGCAAAUGUCAUCUGAAAAUGUAUACAUGUAUAUGUAUGAUAACAGUGCCUUUGAAUACCAAUCAAAAAUUGUAUAGUUUAUUAUAAAACAAUUAACUGUAAGUUGUAUGCAUUGAUGAUAACGUUAUUGUAUGAAUACCAACAGCUUUUCAUCUUAAGUUGUAAUACGAUCUCAAUAAAUAUACAUAUAAUACAGA